AUGGCUUCGACGCGCAGUUUGGACGACUCGGAAGCGUGGCGACAGUCGCUUCUGCGAGUCAAAGCGCAUCAUGCCGACAAGGUACAGGAAAAGGGCUGAUUUUCAGAGGGACCUUCGUGUUUUGUCCUUUUGCCUGGGUGUUUCAAAUCUAGUAAUAACAAGUUUAACGAUUUUUUUUUGAUUUUUCAAGAAAUAUAUAUUUUGAAUUAAACUUAUUAAAGCUUCAAUAAAGAAGGUAUUAGUUUUGAAGUCCAAUUUUUCAAAUUUUCGAUUUUUUUGCGAAGAUUCCAAUUUUUUUCGGAGCAGGACCCAAAUACAUUUCAGAGCACGGCCUUCGACUCGAUGCUCGAGGGAACAUCCGGAAACCAUCAAUGGGUCCAGGUGAUCAGAAAAAGAAAUCUCAUGUAUCAUACUAUACUUAAUAAACAGGUCAACCACCCUCGUCCCACCUUUUGCAAUUAUUGUCGGGAGAAAUUAUCUGGCGUCCCUUGGCAUGGAUAUACUUGCGAAGGUUAGCAGAUUUAUCAGCCCGAAAACAAGGAAAAAUUGCCUUUUUUGAUUUUUUUUUUGUCUUGGAAAUGGGCCAGAGUCUCUUAAGCGAGAGAGCGGGAGAAUUACGGAGACGCAGAUCUAUCUUUCUCUAUUUUCUCUUCGCUUUCUACGUUUUCUUCACGAGAUUUCGAAAGAAAAAACUACCAUCUCUGAGUUUUGCAAACGAGAGAGCGUGAGAAAUGCGAAGACGCAGGUCUCUUUUUCUCUGGCGUCUCUCCACCUUCUACACUAUCUUCUCAAGAUUUAAAACAAGAAACAUUCCUUAUAUCAGUUCUGAGUUUUGCAAGCGAAAGAGCGUGAGAAAUGCAAAGACGCAGAUUUAUCUUUCUCUGGCGUCUCUCCACUUUCUACACUGUCUCCCCGAGAUUUCAAGCAAAGAAAACUAUAUAUCAUCUUUGAACUUUGUAAGCGAGACAACGUGAAAAUCCAAGAAACGCAGAAAUUGUUUCUCUGUCGUCUCUUCAUCUAUCAUACUCUCUUCUCGAAAUUGAAACAUUUAUUAUAAUUCACCUUCAACUUUUCCUACCGAGAGAGCGUUACAACCGGAGAGAUGCAAAUCUGUUUUUCUCUGGUGUCUCUUCACCUUCUACACUCUCUCUCUUUCUCUUUAAGUUUUGAAAGCCGUAUUCACAGCGCUUUACUUCUUUCAGAACUGAUCAAUUGAUCAACUAAUUGAUUUUCUGUUCAGUGUGUAAGAUGAAAGCCCACAAGAAGUGCAUGGAGAAAAUCACGGACCGAUGUAAAUGGACCAUCGAGGCGAGCAUCCCUCACCACAUGCAGUACAUCAGCCCUGAAGUGACCCCUUCAUUUCGGCGUCAAAAACAGCUUUUUUUCCAGAAUUCCAUUGUCCCUCACCAGUGGGUCGAAGGGAAUUUGCCUAUGUCGGCAAAAUGUCUCGUCUGCGAAAAACCGUGCGGUUCCGUGUUGAAGUUGCAGGUACAAAUUAGAUUGAAAAUAGAAAAGAAGCAAUUUUUCAAUAGCAUGCUGAAGUUUGGCCAGCAGAAGCUUUAAAAAUUGAAUAAGAGCAAAUGGUUACAAAAUUUUAUUUCUGAGACGGUUUUACCACAUUUUGAAAAUCUGUGGUAAACUAGAUCGUGAGAACUUUUUUGGCCAAAUUUUGAGGAUUUUCUUUUCGAAAAAGAGCUAUAUUUUUGAGCCUUACCAUUAGUUCCAAUCUCCGCAUCUCAAAUUGUAGAAAACUAGACAGCACUAGUAAACAAGAGCGUUUAGAGAAAAAAAAAUCACGCGCCCUCUCAUUUUUGAACGCUCUCUAAUCUUCGAAGACUCGAAAGUUCAUAUUUUUCAAGAGAUAUUUUUCGUCUCUUGUUUUAUAGGCAAAGAUCUCAUGUCUACGUGCCAAUUCUUGUUUCUUCGACCGCUUAGUAUAGGAAAAGACCGCUUCAAAGUGACAGAAGGGGUGUACUGAUCACAAAAAGAGCUUUCGUAAAAUUUUAGGACUGGAGGUGUAUUUGGUGCGCCUGCUGCGUUCAUUCCGGUUGCCUGACCCAUCUGGGUCGAGCCUGCUCCUUGGGUCCCGCGGCCCUCUCCGUCGUCCCUCCGCUCGCCGUCCGCGACGUUAACCUCAACGCUACGGCCCUUCUCCGUGAAGACGCCUUUGGUUAUUUUUCUAAAAAAUCCUGAAUAAUCGAGUCAGUUUUAAGGCGGGGAUUGUGGUGGCGGGUCGCCCCUCAUCGUCCUAGUCAACUCCAAAUCCGGCGACAACCAGGGCCAGCGCAUGAUUCGGAAGUUCAAACGUCUUCUCAACCCGAUCCAAGUCUUCGACAUCAUCGCCACGGGGCCGGAAUUCGCGUUUGAAUCGAUAUGCAUAGUUUCGAAGCAAUUUUUCGACGUUUAGCUUGACGUUUUUCGAGCAAUUCGAGGCGUUUCGUGUUCUGGUUUGUGGCGGAGAUGGGACCGUUGGCUGGGUGCUCAGCGCCUUCGACAAGUUGAACCUUCAUUCAAAGGUAAUCUUGACCCAGCCUGUCACGUUCUGCCAGAAACCAUGUGCCGCGACUUGACAGUUUUCGCGUGUCUGCGUCUCUCUGUUCCCUUACCGGCGAGGUCAGAGAAACAUGAAAAUAGCACGUAAACAUGAGAGAGACGUCGAUAGAUAGGAAGGGCGCAGAGAAGUCCAGCUCUUUCAAGUUUUCAAGCUUUUUUUUUGUUUUUCUUUGAAGGUUUUGAAGAGUCUCAAAACGAAAAACAAAAAUAAGCUUUCUUACGGUAGCAUCCCUUUGACUGUGUUCGAAGUAUUUCAGCUGCAUUUUUUCAGUGUCAACUGGCGAUUCUUCCCCUCGGAACGGGUAAUGACUUGGCCAGGGUACUCGGAUGGGGCCACGCCUUCUACGACGACACUCAGUUGCCUCAACUUGUCCGGACCUUCGAAAGGGCUCAUACUCGUAUGCUUGACAGGUUAGGCUGACUCACAUUGACCAUACAGAAACCAACUCUUUUUUCUUCAAUAUUCACUUGAUGAAGUUUAUUUUUCGACUCCUAUAUUCUGAAAAUUUUUCUCAUAGAUUAGCGACAUACAUGGUUAGGCCAUAUCCCAAGCACUCCCCCAAAAAAAUUCCUAAACUAAAAUCAGGACUACCUCCUAUGAAGAAGCUCUCCUGAGGUGAACAUAGCGGACCUGAUCCCAACUUCUAGGUCAGGCGGUCCUAAGUAUGAAAAAAAAGGAUUAUCUGCUAAGCGCAAAAGAGUACUGAUACAAAUCCCGUAGAAAGUUGGAAGGUGCACUCAAAAACUGCUUUUGAUUGAAAUUAAAGUUGCAAGAAAAAAUCAUGUGAAUGAUUACCACAUAACGAACCCGAGAAAAGUUUUUUCUUCGGAAAUUUUGAAGAAAAACUGUUUUCAAGCUUUUCCUGUUAGCUUUCGACCAGCCUUACGGUUCUUAACGGAUGAAAUUUUUUUGAAAUCAUACGUAGCGCGCCACAGAUCCUCGAACCAGAUUUGAGAUGUCUCUGGUAAAUUUUCAACUUUUUUUUUGUCAAUAACUCUUCCGUUGUGUUGAAACUUAUUUUUCUAUCUCGUUUUUAAGAAUUUUUGUCGGUUUCCAAGGUUUAUUGAGCCUUUACUUUCCCACGUAUGGUCUGAAACAAUCUGUUUCAGAUGGAGUGUGCUCUCCAUUGAAGGCCCACAAGCCGACGCGGUUCGACUCCACGAAGAGCUGAUCAUCAGCAAAGUUCGCGCCGUUCUCGACGCCGAGCAGCCUUCUGAAACGAUCAACGCCGUUAGGUUGGUCCAAACAAGGGAAAUGUAGAGAACGGCUCAAAAGUAUUGUAUAGAAGAGAAGAAUGAUUAGUUUUCCAUGAAAUUUAUGAGGACCAAGGUCAUUAGAAGCUGAAGUUCAAAAUUAAAGGAGAGUUCUCUCAAUUCUAGAGCGGUUCUCUUGAAAAAUGAUCCCUAGUCAAGUCUUCAAGUCCUUCUGAUACAAGGUAGAACUUGAGUUUUUUAACGUGCCGAAAUUUUUCAAAAGAUGGAAAUUUUGUUAUGAGAAGACCGUAGUUUUAACUUUAUUAUAUUGAAAAAGGAGAGCUCACACGUUUUUUUUCUUGUUUAACAACGACCCAGCAAAACGAUUAAACUUUUGAGCAAAAAUAAAAUAUGUUCAGUUCAUUAUGCGUGACGGUUCGAGGCCUGAUGCAAGAUUUGGCGGACGCCUACACCCGAGUCGAAGAAUGGGAACGGCAGGACGGUCGCAUACCCCAGGACCCGAUUUCCGAACAGUUAUUGCCCUUUUCAAAUGACAUUUCAUCAUUUUUUUUUUCAGGUGUACGGUUCUCCUCCAGAAGCUCGACCGUCUGAUGCGAUCCCUGCAACUGGACCCCAGCCAACUCGACGAGAGCGGAUUCGAGCCGGAGGACGAAGACAGUGCGUUGAAUUCUAGAAAAUUCUGUAUAGACGAUCCUAAAAUCUUCAGAAAUUCAGGGAAAACCUCCAAUAUUUUUGGGCACCAAAAGCCAAAUUCAAAGGAAUACAACCCAGGGCAAAUAAAUAACAAAUUAUUUCCGAAAAAUCAGUUUUUCGACCGAGUUACGAAACGGAGGAGCUUACUGGAUUUGAUUUUUCAGGAGAUUAUAAAUAUACAUAGUAUAAUCUCGGUGGGACAUGAGAAAAGGGGGUACUUGGCAAAUAAAAAAACGAGAAAAUGGGGGCAAAAAAACGUAAAAAGAACAUUCACAUUUUUGCGGUGUCAACCUUCAAGUCGAUGAAGUAACAAAAAAAUAAUCUUUUUUUCUUCGAGCAUAGAGGGGGGACCGGGGUCUUGACUGUUGCCAGUCAUGCUCAUCCCAUGUAUGAUUAUAAGGCCACAGACAUUUAAAAAAUACAGAAUUUUUGCCUGAAUUCGGCGCGAUCUUUGUUUUUUUUUUCUGAUUUUCUAGACUUUUGACUUGAUGGGUAUCGAGAGAGAUUUGAACAAAAGACUUUCACAACGGUUUCUGAGAAAAUGUUUAUUGCGUUUUUGUAUCAUUAUUGAUCUUUUCAACGUUUAGGCUGCAUUAUGGAAGAAGUCCUGCGGCGGGACUCCCUGGUCAACCGGGCCAACAGUCUCAAAAAAGCCCUUCGCGACAUGAUCUCCCUCGCGGAACGCGGCAUCGACCAGCAUUAUCGCGAUAGCGCUGGCACGAAACGCGAGCGUUUUCGCAAGAAACGCAGCAAAACUACUCCUUCGGCUCUUAGGGUGCGGAUUUAUCAUUGAUAUUGUAUUCAGUAAUUUCGUAAGGGAAAAUCUAGAGAAAAAACUGACAAGUCAAUUAUUUUGAAUAGUUGAUAAUAAAGAGCUCGGGAAUUCACUGGACCUAGAAUAUUUUGUUAGACUUCGAAGAUGCCAUAGAUCAAGAAACAUCUUCAGAAGGAAAAAAUCGGUUUUUUUUAGCUCAGGUACAAAAAAGGGUUUAAAUCACGUAUUUCAACAUAAAUAAAAAGCUAAAAAAAUUAAAAAAAUUAAAGUUUUUUGUUAAACUACACGGGGCACGGACAUGGGAUGUAUUAGAAAUUGAUGGGGCUUUUUCCCGAUUUUUUUAGUUUUUUUGAAAUUACCAGAUAAAAAAAAGAUGUAGUUAAAUUAAAAUUCGAAACCCGAGUCAAAAAAAAGAAGAAAAACGGAGUUUAUAUUCAAAAUGCUCUGAGCUUGAUUGGACCUAGCAAAGUAUAAAAAAACUCUAAAUUGGAAUAGGUUGAUAAUUUUUUUUCUAUAGUAAGCAAAAAGGUUGAGAAAAAUCUGAUUACAUAAAUUUGCAAAUUCAGUCACAAAAAGCUUGGGAUUUAGUUGGUUUCAAAACCACAAAAUCAAAAAAAAGGUUUCAGAGCCCAUAAAAACGUUAUACCUCAGACGAUGUCUUUGAUACUGAAAUUUCGAAUAAUUUUCAAGUCUUAAAUGACGCUCAAGAUCUACAGUUUGCUCGACUCAAAAGUUUCCACGUUGAUUUGAUCUCCUUUGAAGUCUUUUGAAUGGAGAUUUUGUACUUUCCUGUACUUUUAAAUCGGAAAUCAAGAAUCUACUAUCCGUAUUUUCCAAAUUUUGUUCAUUUUUCCAGGUAUCCCAAUCAAACUUAUCAUCCUCAUCGGCCUGUUCUCCACAACCGUCGCCCACUCAAAAACAUAAACUACCGUCCUUCCCUCUAGAAGAUCCCCAAAAACCCCAAAAUCUUCUCGCCGACUGCGCCCGAAGCACCAACGAACUGGCAUCCUCCCACCUCACACCGACCAGUGGCUAUGGUGAGCAUGAGGCCUGGAGAAUUUGAAGUAUUCCUGCUGGAAUAGUUUCAGGAAUCUCCCAGUCGCAUUCCUCGAACACCGGACUCUCGCCCGAAGAGUCGGCCUUUCCGAUGGUGCCGACGUCUUCCGGCGAAGUCAGGACUCUCACUGAACAGCCAAGGUAAAAAGUAGAACAGUUUCAACUGUUCUAACCUUAAAAGGCCUCUAAGUCUUGGUUCAGACUCACUAAGGUGCCUGAACAAGCCCAAUCUUUUCUAUUUUUAGCAUCGGGCGAGUACAGCCACCAACCCCUGGCGCCACUCGAGAUCAACCGGCGAAAGACGAGCUUUUGAAGCACCUGGAGUUGACCACUCCGGAUCGUCCAGACGUCUCCUCCAGCUCCUUGGAAGCUGGUCAGCCUGAAGGUGAGAAACAAUUGAAUUUCCUUAACGAGAAGAAAAAGCGUAGGUCUUCAUGAAUGCAUUGAAAUUGGGUUGAAAGAUGAAAAAGAAGGAAUAAAAUGA